AUGGCCGGUGGUAAACAAUCUCCUGGAAAAUCUCCAAGCUCGCUCGCGAAAGCGAGAACUAUGCUGGAGACCGUUAAAGAAGGCUCUCAGCUUCUCAGAGAGACUGGUGGACGACCACGUAUGCCACGAACCUUGCGAGGUGGAUCUUCAAGAUCCAGUCGAGCUGGAUUACAGUUUCCUGUUGGUCGUAUCCAUCGGCUGCUUCGUAAAGGGAAUUACUCUCAACGUGUCGGUGCAGGUGCUCCCGUCUAUUUGGCAGCAGUCCUCGAGUACCUCGCCGCUGAAAUCCUGGAAUUGGCUGGAAAUGCUGCCCGAGAUAACAAGAAAUCACGUAUCAUACCUCGUCAUUUGCAACUAGCUGUUCGUAACGAUGAAGAGCUAAACAAGCUAUUGGGUAAUGUCACUAUUGCUCAAGGAGGUGUGUUGCCACACAUUGCUGAACAACUGCUGCCCAAGAAGAAUGUUGAAGGUGGUGGUAAAUCCAAGAAAGUGUCUGAAUAA